CUAAUCCUUGUCACCCCCAUAUAAUCCCCUUAUUUCCCAUCUAUUGGAGCAUCCUUUCUCCUGACUGUCCCUGUUGCUUCAUGCAUUGCUUGAAAUGACAUGGAUUCAAUCAAUAAAUCAGAGGCCUGCAUUCUUGCAGAUGACCACUUUGGUCCCCAGGUCCAGGUCCGCUGCCGCAGUUUUGAUUUCACCGUCACCUUUGAGCAAAGCAUUCUGUCUAUACUUCCUUCAGUGCUAUUCAUUGCUUCAGCUGCUUUUAGGAUCGCUCUUCUUUACAAAGCGAGGCCUAAAGUCAGUGCGAGACUAUCGCAACACUUGAAGCUGUCUCUGGGUAUAGUUUUCGGCCUCCUGCAACUGACCCUUCUGGUACUUUACAUUCUACCGCAAGAUAACAAUCAGCAGCCACUGGCAAUCGCAUCCUUGGCUCUAUCGGUGACAGAUGCGGCAUUCCUCUGUGCGCUCUCGUACUUUGAGCACGCAAAGGCGAUUGGACCGUCGACUGUGUUGCUCACUUAUCUUUUCCUGUCGGCCUUGCUCGAUGCGACUCGGCUUCGAACUCUGUGGCUGCUUGGUGAUGGCGGGUUGCCAUUCAAAGCGAUUUCGUCUACCAGUCUAGCGGUCAAAUUGGCGAUUCUCUUUAUCGAAUCGCGAGGAAAGACGAAACACUUUCUCGAUGCAAAAGACACUAGUCGGUCUCCUGAAGAGACGGGAGGAAUCUUCACCAAUGGCUUGUUCUUGUGGACUAACCCGCUACUUUUGAGAGGAUUCAAGAAAGUGCUCUCUUUAAGUGACCUCUAUCAUCUACCACAGAACUGUGUGGUUAUUGGGCAAGACCAAAGCUUCAGGGAGGCGUUUGAAAAGAGCCAGGUUAAGCGGUAUAGGCUUGUGAGAGCUGCUUUGAAGAUCUUCAAGUAUCAGCUAAUGUGGCCGGCUAUUCCCCGACUGUUCCUUCUUUUAUUCACCUUGCUCCAGCCAAUUUUGAUGCUGAGGCUACUUCGAUGGCUAGAGCAAACAUCUCAUCGUGAUCACGACAUUGGCUACGGUAUUCUAGGCGCCUAUGUUAUGGUGUAUGUUGGUUUGGCGGUCGCUACUGGGUCAUAUUGGCGGCUGCAGCUACGAUUCAUCACACUGCUCCGAGGAACUUUGAUUUCAGCGAUAUAUCAGAAGACACUCACGCUGAACGAUGCGGAUGCAAAGAAGGCUACGGUAUCCUUGAUGAGCACCGAUGUGGAGAUGGCAUGCAACGGAUUAGAGCAGGUACAUGAGAUUUACUUCAGCCUGUUGCAGAUCGGCAUAGCAACUUGGCUCUUGGAGCGGCAAGUCGGAGUGGCGUGCGUGUCGCCUGCUAUCGUGGCAGCAGCUUGUGCUAUUGCCACCUAUAAGCUCUCACAACGUGUUGGUAAAAGCCAGAAGGCAUGGCUGGAGGGUGUGCAGCAACGGCUGAAUGCUACUUCAUCGGUCUUGUCAAACAUGAAAACCGUGCAAAUGUCCGGGUUCGCAAAGAACCUUUUCAAGAGAAUUUACGAUCUCCGAGAUGCUGAACUCAAUUAUGCGUCGAAAUACCGUACGAUCCUUGUGUGGGUUAUGGGUUUGGCAUACGCUCCUUCGGCAAUAUCGCCAGUUGUUACCUUGACAAUCUACGCUGCCAUACGAUCUGACACCUGGAGUGCAUCAAGUGCAUCUCACAUAUAUACUGCAAUUUCGUUGAUAGGCCUCAUAUCCUCACCUCUCGUUGCUGUCUUCCAACAGGUGCCUAUGGUUGUAGCGGCGUUAAGCUGCUUGGACCGAGUCGAAAAGUUCCUCGCACUUCCAAGCCACAAAGAUUACCAAGAUUCAGCCAGUCUACAUGUGUCCCAGAUCGAAUCGAAAAAGCAGGCUACAGAAUCCAUCACCGUUUUGCCAGAUCAGAAUGCUGUAACCAUCCACAACGCAGACUUCUCGUACCCUGAUUCUUCGUCCACCGUACUUCAGGACAUCGCUGUGAACAUCCCACGGUCACAGCUCACUCUGAUCAUGGGACCCGUUGGCAGUGGAAAAUCCGCAUUCUUGCGAGCCAUAAUCGGUGAAAUGAACUUGCUUACAGGCAGUUUUCAAAGGGACAUUCAGAACUGUGCCUAUUGCGACCAGUCUUCCUGGCUUCAAAACGAGACCAUCCAGAACAACAUCAUUGGUCCCAGUCAAGACUUUGACAGUGAACUCUACAAGAAAGCAAUAUGGGCCUGCGACUUGGACCACGACUUGAGCGAGAUUCCAGAACAGGACCAAGCGAAGGUUGGAAGCAACGGAGUCUCACUGAGUGGGGGACAGAAGCAGAGAAUUUCCCUGGCCAGAGCGGCAUAUGCUCGCAAAGAACUUAUUGUCUUGGAUGAUAGUUUCAGUGCCCUUGAUCCGCGGACAGAGGAGAAUGUGACACAGCGUCUUCUCAGACCCAAUGGCCUGAUGCGAGCGAAUGGUCAGACCGUGAUUGUUGCUUCUAGCAGAGAAGGACUAUUGCCGUACGCGGAUUUUAUUAUUCUGCUCAACGACGAUGGCAGGAUUCAAGCCCAGGGGUCUCCAGAAGAGAUGGCACCGCUUUUCACUACUCGAAAGAAGGGAAUCAACUUUGAAGAUGAAUGUUGUGUCACCGAUCAAAUAACACCGUCCACCCCCGACUCAUCCUCUCAGAAGCAUGAAAAGCGUACUGAAAAGAAGGAAGACAAACCCGAACUUCCAACCAUUUCGGUAUACCUUUCUUAUUUUCGAUCAAUGGGCCUCUGGCGGGGACUAGUCCUAUGUGCUUUCCUAAGCCUCCAGACAUUCUUCUCCAAGUUCCCAACUGUAUGGCUUCAAUGGUGGCUGGACGGGGAUCCAUCCACUAUGGGCGGUUCAUAUGCCAAGUAUAUCGGGAUCUACAGUUUCUUCCAAGGCGCGGCCAUGAUCUUCACCCUUCUCGCUGCUUUUCAGCAACUGCGCGUCGUCAUGCCAAGAACAAGUCGGUAUUUUCAUACUCGGCUCUUGAAAGCAACUAUAAGGUUGCCCAUGCCUGCUUUUAGCUUGAUAGAUACGGGGUCGAUUAUGAACAGGUUCAGCCAAGACAUGCAAUUGAUCGAUUGGAACUUGCCAGUGACGUUUUUGAAUGCCUCAGAGGGCGCUCUCGGGACCCUAGCUCAAGUCAUCAUCGUCGCAAGUUCCUUUCCCUACAUCUUCAUUGCCUUCCCAAUCCUCUACACCCUCGUCUUCGCCAUCCAACGAUUCUACCUUUGCACCUCACGCCAAGUACGCGCCAUGGACAUUGAAGCCAAGAGCCCUCUACUCACGCACUUCCUCGAAACCAUCACCGGCCUACACACCAUCCGCGCCUACAACUGGCAACAGACCCACCAAACCACCUACACCACUCUCCUCAGCGCCUCCCAACGCCCCUACUACCAACGCUUCAUGAUCCAACGCUGGCUCAACCUCGUCCUCGACAUGGUCUCCGCCGGCGUGGCCAUCCUGGUCGUCAGCCUCGCAAUCACCCUCCCCACCCGCUCCUCACUCGUCGGUCUCGCUUUGGUGAACGUUAUAUCCCUGAAUGAAACCCUCCAACUACUCAUCCUGCAAUGGGCGGUGAUGGAGAUUUCCCUUGGAUCGAUAACUCGUCUAGAGGAGUUUACCGUCCACGCCAAAACCAACGCCGAGAAGACUCCCAACCCAACUUCCCAAACUACAACUACACCCACAGCCAUACCCACAGCAUGGCCCACCCAGGGCACAAUCGAAUACAAAGCCCUCACAGCACGCCACCACCCCUCCGGCCCGGACGUACUCAAAAACAUCACCCUCACCAUUCCCGCAGGCAGCAAAGUAGGGAUCUGUGGCCGGACCGGUAGCGGGAAAAGUAGUCUCAUUUCAGCCUUAUUCCAGAUGAUCGACAUCACGAAGGGAUCUAUCCUCAUCGAUGGAAUCGAUACCGCAACACUAGACCCGGAAGUCGUUCGAGAGCAAGUAAUCGGCAUAUCCCAGCAAAGUUACACCAUCCCGGGUGUUUCGCUUCGGGAGAAUUUACUCUUAGGCUGUCCUGACCUAGAUGAAGAAGGGUUAAAUAACAACGACUCACACCUCAUCACCGCCCUAACCAAAGUCCACCUCUGGCCCACAAUCACCACCCACGGACACAAUCUCUCCUCCAUCCUCAACAAAGACCUCACCCUAUCAGCAGGCCAAACGCAACUCCUCUCUCUUGCGCGCGCGCUCUUACGGCCCGGGAAGAUCGUGGUGCUGGAUGAGCCGGGGAGUUCUCUUCCUGCGGAGAUGGCGAAGUUGGUGCACAGGGUUGUGGUGGAGGAGUUUCGGGAUCGGACGGUGCUGGUGGUUAUGCAUCGGGUGGAGAGGCUUUUGGGGUUUGAUUUGGUGGUGGGGAUGGAGGAUGGGGGGGUGGGGGAGGUGGGGAGGCCGGGGGUGUUAGUGGGGAGGGAGGGGGGCCUGUUGGGGGGGUUGGUGGGUGUGAGUGCUGGGGUUUGA